UGACACCGCUUCGGUCGAUGGGGACGCUGAAGAGUGAAGCAUUCUGGGAUAUUGACACAUAAUUGCAGCGAUGUUUUGGUGAAGAUUACUUCAAGACUAAACACACAAAUAAAAAAUGAAGCGAGUUUUCACCCUCACAGACAGAGCCUGGUUGGGGUCCUGUCUCCAGUACAAAUGGCAGAAGACACUGGGGAAUUACAUCGCUGUCGCAGGACCUGACAGCUCAGUGAAGAUAUUUGACAGACAUGGACAGAGGAAGAAUGAACUGAAUCUACCUGGGCGUUGUGUAGGGAUGGACUGGGAUAAAGACGGAGACAUCUUGGCAGUGAUCUCUGACAAGUCCAGCUCCGUUUACCUCUGGGACGCGAACGUCAACAAGACUUCCCAGAUCGACAGCGGCAUGAGAGACCAGAUGUCAUUCGUCCUGUGGUCGAAGGCUGGUCCCCUAUUGGCUGUCGGGACCAACAAAGGAAACCUGCUGAUCUACAAUCAACAGACGUCACGAAAGAUCCCCGUCCUGGGAAAGCACACUAAGCGUAUCACAUGUGGCUGCUGGAGUUCUCAGAACCUUUUGGCGCUAGGCAGCGAGGACUGCAGCGUAACCAUUAGCAACCAGGAGGGAGACACCAUCCGACAGACGUCGGUGCGUUCUGACCCAGCUGAUGUCCAGUUUUCUGUGAUGAAGACAGACGAGAGGUCUUCCCCAGGAGAGAGCACAAGUUGCUGUGCUGAGAGACGAGUGCUGUGUGCAGAGAAGGAAGAGGAGAGUUGGAGGGAUGAGAGCAGGAUGGACAGAAUAUGGGUGAGUGUUGCCGUGGGGAAGAAGACCUUGUUCCUGUUUAACCUCAACGACCCCGACAACCCCAUAGAGCUGGCCUUCCAGCAGCGCUACGGAAACAUCAUCUCCUACCACUGGUAUGGUGAUGGCUACAUCCUGAUUGGAUUCUCUCAGGGGUAUUUUGUAGUGAUUUCUACUCACAUCAGAGAGAUCGGACAGGAACUGUUCCAGGCUCACAACCAUAAAGACAGUCUGACUAGUGUGGCCAUUUCCUCUGCUCUCCAACAAGGCUCUUCCUGUGGCGACAACAG